UUAUGCUGCAAAGCCCAAACCAUAAACCAGAUACAUUGGAGUCGCUGCAAUCUUAAUUUUCAGCAUCCCACCAAAACCUCUGUAAAAAUGUAUCACUCUCUCAGAUCACCUCUGCACUUGCAUUCUUUGUCUUCUUCUUCUUCCUCUUCCUCUGCAAAAUCCUAUGCCAUUUCCCAUUUCACCUUCUUGGUCAAGCCUCAUAAAUCAACACCCACUUAUACAAAUCUCUCAAACAAAUCUUCUCUACAAUAUACUACAGCACCCCUUUCAAUACAGAACAUAUCACACAGUAUGAGUAGCACUAGCACAAGAAAUAAUGGUAACAGAUGGACCCUUCAUGGGAAAACAGCCCUUGUUACUGGUGGCACUCGAGGAAUCGGGCGUGCAAUUGUGGAGGAAUUGAUGGGUUUUGGGGCUAGAAUGCACACAUGUUGUAGGAAUGAAAAUGAGCUUAACAAGUGCUUAGAGGAAUGGGAUGGAUUGGGGUUUGAGAUUAGUGGGUCAGUUUGUGAUGUAUCAGUUUCAGCUCAAAGAGAGCAACUUAUGGAAACUGUGUCUUCUGUGUUUGAUGGCAAGCUCAACAUUCUAGUUAACAAUGUUGGAACAAACAUUAGAAAGCCGAUGAUAGAGUUCACGGCUGAAGAAUUUUCUACUCUCAUGGCGACCAAUUUCGAGUCUGCUUUCCAUUUAAGUCAACUUGCUUAUCCACUCUUGAAAUUGUCUGGAGAGGGAUGUCUUGUAUUCACAUCCUCUAUCUCUGGUUUUGUCUCACUCAAAUCUAUGUCUGUUCAUGGAGCCACAAAAGGCGCAAUUAACCAACUAACAAAAAAUUUGGCCUGUGAGUGGGCAAAAGACAACAUAAGAAGUAAUGCUGUUGCACCUUGGUACAUCAAAACCUCUAUGGUGGAACGAGUCCUCAGCAAUGAAGCAUAUUUAGAAGAGGUAUAUUCUAGAACACCUCUUCGACGCCUUGGAGAUCCAAAAGAGGUUUCAUCUGUGGUGGCAUUCCUUUGCUUACCUGCAUCAUCUUACAUCACUGGCCAGAUUAUUUGUGUUGAUGGAGGGAUGUCUGUGAAUGGUUUCUUCCCAAGUCAUGGUUAGGAGUGGUUACUUUCCUCCGAGACGCGGAGCUCGGCUUUGGGGGAAGCUUUAUCUUCUGAGUUCUUGAAGUGCUGAGAGCCAAAGGACAUUGCACCAGCUGUAGCCACCCUUUCCACUUUCUAUGUUAGUUCCUCUCUUCCUUUCGAUGCAUGACAACAUGUAUUGGUGAUGAGCCAAGUUGCGCAUCUACAAGUUUCUGCUGUUGUAUCAUUUACGGGCGCUUAUAUCCUGGUCCUGGACCACAGUGUAUUGUUGUCCGGCCCAGGUACCACACGUGCGUCAGAAACACUGACCCACGUUUUUCUUAUAAAUAAUUUAUGUUCACUAAGUUUGUAUGUUCACUAAAUAUGCACUAAAUGUUUAUUAUUUAAACGUUAAAUAUUCAUUAAGUUUUAUUUUGUUGAAAA